ACUCCGCCUGUCGCGGCAGCAGGACCUCAGCGGCCCUGGGCCCGGGCCCCGCGGCGGCCAUGGCCUCGGCGGCCGUGGAGAGCUUCGUGACCAAGCAGUUGGACCUGCUGGAGCUCGAGAGAGACGCGGAGGUCGAGGAGCGCAGGUCUUGGCAGGAAAACAUCUCUCCGAAAGAACUGCAGAGCCGAGGCGUAUGUUUGCUGAAGCUGCAGGUGUCCAGCCAGCGGACUGGGCUGUAUGGGUGGCUGCUGGUCACCUUUGAGCCCAGGAGAUGUGCAUCUGCCGCGGUGCUUCCCAGCAACAGCUUUACUUCGGGUCUGUGCGUUUGCGACGUCGGCAUGUGUUGCAUACCGCUGGUCUCCAAACUGUGA